UUUUACCUGUUCAGACACUGUGUAAGAGGGAACGAAAGCAGCCGUCAAGACAGACUUAAUCUGGACUAUGAAACAGCGCCGGCCCGGCCACUGAAAGUCUGUUUGUUUUGUGUUCAAGAGCAGCUCCGAAACUUACAUGGAAACACGUCAAAGUGGGCCCAACUGAGACCAGCUGAAGUGGAAGUGAAGACUUGUCGGUGGAGGGUGGACCACAGAGCCAUAAAAAGAGGUCUUCACGGGUGUUACCAAGAGUAUUGAGCGUCUAUUUCUGCAAGUAUGAAUCCCAUGUGGAAGGUAUAUAAGAGCAAAGUGCUGAAGACCCUUAACCCUGAGUAUGAGGAGGACGCUGCAGAAGAGGUCACUGAGGUCGAGAAUGACGUGAGUCCAGUUCAGGAGGAUGAGGGUCCCACUGGUGUCUCCCAGUUGGCCAGGAAAAUGCAGGGAGCUGGAACCAAAAGCUGGAACAAACUGUCAGCUCUAUUUAACAAAGAGGAUGAACACCAGCUUCUGGAGGAGACUGAGAGCCCACCAGUCGCUGAUCAUCCACUUGCAGUGAAGCCAGAGGAGCCUCCACGACCCACCAGGCGCUCAGGAUUCUGGGAUAGUUUUGCGACCAACUGGGCGGCCAAGAAGCAGGCUGAGGCGGCGGCGGCUGCAGCAGCCAACGAGGGGAUGGCUGCAGGGCAGGGUGAGGAGGGGGUGACGGAGGCGGGAGGGGAGGAGAGGCAGGAUGGGCAGAUUACAGAGGGAGCAGAGAGCGAAGAAGGAGGAGGAGGAAGGAGCAACAAUAGCUUCUCAAAGUACGUCUCACUGGGAGGAGGAGGAGGAGGCAACCAGGACCCAUCCUUCAAAUGGAACUUUGUCACCAGUAAACUGGCAGAGCUGAAGACGAAGACCGUGACCAAAACCAACUAGCUGUCUGUGGAGUGAGGAACUGGAGUUAAAUGUGUGGGAGGAGGUGUUUAAUGCAUACGUACACCUGUACCUGAACAGAGCAGCUGUAGACGUCCCUUAUGAAAGGCAGCGGUGCAUCCACACAGGUGUUUUCAUGUAACCUGAGGUCAUUUCAGGCAGGUUCCACUGGCAGCUCCUCCUGUAGUUUUGUUUCACAUGUUAGAGGCAAAACUAAUCCAUGAACUACAUUUUAUUAGUUCAGAAGUGUGAUGACGGCCCUCCUCUGCCUAACCUGUCAGUCAUUUUAAACACCUGUGUGGAUGCGCAGAUUUUACUGCAUUAACCCAUAAAGACCCACAGCUACUUUUGUGGCAGUUCCA